CUCUGCGGCCUAUAGUUUUUUUUUAUUUCCGGAUCUUAUUGUCGAUUCCGUGUUCUUUGUGGUUACCGUUGGAAAUAUCAUAGUUCUUGAUUUCCCACUCUAAACCCGUUGCUUCCAUAGAUCUUGAUCCGAAAGCGUUGCUGGUUUUGGGAUUUGAUCGGUUGAAGUCAUGUAUCCUAUGAAGGCAGAGGAAAGCUGUGCGGAGAACAAGCAAUCGGUUACCCCAUCAGGAUCGACGAUAUCGGAGGGAAGCAAUGGAUUCUCCAGGAUGUCGGCUGCUGGAUCAAGCCCGGCAAGCUCUUCGCCUUCUCAUAGGAGGAUGACUGGUCCCAUAAGGCGAGCAAAAGGUGGUUGGACACCAGAGGAGGAUGAAACACUUAAGCAUGCAGUUGAGUUACACGAGGGAAGAAGUUGGAAGACAAUAGCAAAAUCUGUUCCGGGUAGGACAGAUGUGCAAUGUCUGCAUCGGUGGCAAAAGGUUCUUAAUCCAGCACUUGUUAAAGGUUCUUGGGCUCCAGAGGAAGAUGGCACUAUCAUUGAACUUGUUGCUCAGUAUGGGCCAACUAAAUGGUCUGUAAUUGCAAGAUCUCUUCCUGGACGAAUUGGAAAACAAUGCCGAGAGAGGUGGCAUAAUCAUUUAAGCCCAGAUAUAAGGAAAGAUGCUUGGUCUCCUGAAGAGGAAAUGAAGCUCAUGGAAGCCCACCUUAAGCAUGGGAAUAAAUGGGCUGAAAUUGCAAAGAUGUUACCCGGAAGGACUGACAACUCAAUAAAAAAUCACUGGAACAGUUCUUUGAGAAAAAAGGCGGAGUUCGUUCUGAAAACUGGUAAACUUCCACCUGCUGAUAUGCCUGGCAUUCAGUAUGGUGCUGAAGACAAAGCAAACUCAGGUCCUAAUCAAAAUUUUAAUUUCUCUAAUAAAAGAUUAGUAGCAAGCGCCAAUAUUCUACCAGAAAACUGUUCCUCUGCACAUUCUAGCGUACCACCAAAGAUUAGUGAAGCAGAAAACCAGGACAGUUUGAUGGUUCCCGUAUCUGCAGAAGUUUCUGAAUUAAAUUCUUUGGAUGAAGCAGCAAAAAAAUCUGGCAAGCAAAUUUGGGUGGUUCCGGUAUUAGCACAAGUUUCUAACUUAAAUGAUUCAUUGGUUAUAGAAGGAAAAUCUGAUACUUCUGAUGUCCCUCAAUGUCCAGCACAAGCCUCAGAAAUAGAUUCUGUACAUAGUAGGUCAGACUCAGGGGUCUCUUGCUUCACUCCAGAAGUAUGCCAAAAUGAGAAGCCUUCUGGAACAAAACUCUAUCCAGUUGCAGAUAACCUUAGUUCUCUCUGCUAUAAACCACCUCAAUUAGAGGAUAUUGGUGUUUCUGUCAUGUCAUCACUCUUAUUUGAAAACAACUCCUUGCAGCCAGCAUUCAAAGUUGAGACAGUUUCUUCAUCCGAUGGUCAUUCAACCCCAUCCUCCGUGAAUGUUACUAGGUCUUUCCAGCCAAGUAUAGAAUCCAUUUUAAGAAGCGCAGCUAGAAGUUUUCAAAAUACUCCAUCCAUAAUAAAAAGGAGAAGUGAAGCGCAUUCACCGGUCCCUCCUGGUACAAUGAGCACAAACGAAACUAGAGUGCAGGAUAGCUGCACUCCUAAUGAAGAAAGUGUUAAUAAUAUAGAAGGAUCAGCAUUUUCGGUAUCCAAGUUAUCUUUUAGCCCAUGUACUAUUAAUGAAGAUUUGUUAGACAAGGGAAAGGAUUUCGAUAUUUCUCCACCAUAUCGGUUAUGGUCCAAGAGAAAGGCAACUUUCAAACCAGUAGAGAAGCAGCUUGAUUUUUCCUUGGAAAAGGCAAACAUGGAUGUGAAUACCAAAAUUUCAAGUUUUGAAGUUAACAAGAACUCCUACAGCCCUACAAAUAUGCAUGUUUGGACCAUGCAAGGAAAGAAGCUGAAGAAUGAUCUUGCUGAUCUAAAGACAGUGACUUCUCCAAUACGUUAAAGUUGGACGUGACGUGAUCAAGAGUCUUUUUUAUCCAACGUACAAUGGUUGGCCGUAUUUUGAACGGUAUCCUUUGUGAUCUUUGUGAUUAGAGAAGCUUAUGGAUACUCCCAAGUAAAAUUGGCUAAACUGAAACUAAGACAAUAAAACCAGCUCAGCUUUGUGAAUUUCUGGGACAUGCCAAAAUGCAUAAAUUUAAGGUAAAUGUUGUGUAGCUUAUAUUUUCUCACUGUAAAUAUGAAUCAUGAAUUCUGCCAAAACCCCAAGAAAUGAAUCCUAACUAAGUUGUUGGGAUGAAGCUAAUGAACAUGCUGCUGAUAAUGAAUUGUCUCAUUAAAAAGAGUGCGGAAGAAAGCUGUUAUGGAGCAUAGCUAGGAAUUGGAAAUGUUAUGUCCUCAUUGUAAAUAGUAAUCAUAAAUUAUCUGUCUACUUGAAGUUUGGGGAUUUUAAAUGAGAAAAUAAGAGAAUUGGUAGACAUAAUGAUUAGAAGAAGAAUAAAUAUUGUUUGCUUUUAAAAAAUUAAUUGGAAAGGGCAAAAGUUCAUAGACAAUGGGGAGGGUUAUGAGUUUUUGUAUGUUGGAAAAGAUUACUAAUUGGAAUGGGUAGUGGAUGAAGAGUUAAAAUAUAAAAUUGUAGAGAUGAAUAGAUUUAGUGUGUUGACCUGCAAUACUAUGCAAACAGAGAAAAAUAAAAUAAAUUUUAUUUCUCUCGUACCUAUUCGGUGCCAGACUCCGCACAUCGUUCGCGCAAAUCCAGCCCAAAUCUCGUGUACACGUCCGAGUGUCAU